AUGAAGUCUGUGCUCUCCCCGCUGUCUGCAACUGUGAUUGCUCUGUUGAGCACUGCGGCUGUUGCCGUUCCCCCCUACGGCCAGUGCGGUGGCUCUGGAUACACUGGACCUUCCGACUGUGACUCUGGCUAUACCUGUGUCCCGGUGAACCAAUGGUACCACCAGUGCCAACCCGGUAGCUCCGCCCCCACCAACCCUCCCAAUCCCCCUGUCGCUACUACCACUACCACUGCGCCCAGGCCCACCAACAGUGCUUGCCCAGGCGCCGUCACCAAGUUCCGCUACUUCGGUGUCAACCAAGCUGGUGCUGAGUUCGGCAGCAACAUCAUCCCCGGAGAGCUCGGGACCCACUACAUCUGGCCCGCCCCUAGUUCCAUCGACUUCUUCGUUAACGAAGGUUUCAACACUUUCCGAAUUCCCUUCCAAUUGGAGCGACUGAACCCCCCUGCUCGUGGGUUGACCGGUUCCUUCGAGCAGCCCUACCUCCAGGACUUGAAGAGGACUGUCGACUACAUCACCCGAAACAAGAACUCUUUCGCCAUCAUCGAACGGUGGAGGAACCUUGCAACUGAAUUCAGGGAUAAUGACAAGGUUAUCUUUGAUGUCAUGAACGAGCCCCACACUAUGGAUGCUCGUGUCGUUUUCGACCUCAACCAAGCGGCGGUCAAUGCUAUCCGUGAAGCUGGUGCUACCCGCCAAUUGAUCCUCGUUGAGGGAACCUCCUGGACCGGUGCCUGGACCUGGACUACCACCAGCGGAAACGGCAACGUCUUCCAGAAUAUCCGUGAUCCCAACAACAAUGUCGCCAUUCAGAUGCACCAGUACCUCGACAGUGACGGUUCGGGUACCUCUCCCACUUGUGUUUCCAGCUCCAUCGGUCGCGAGCGUCUCGCUGCUGCCACUGCCUGGUUGAAGCAACACAACCUCAAGGGCUUCCUCGGUGAACUCGGUGCUGGUUCCAACCCCACUUGCAUUGAGGCCAUCAAGGGUGCUCUCUGCUCCCUCCAGGAGUCUGAUGUCUGGAUUGGUUGGGCCUGGUGGGCUGCUGGUCCCUGGUGGGGCAACUACUUCCAAUCCAUUGAGCCCCCCAAUGGACCCGCUCUCGCUCAGAUGUACCCUCAGGCCAUCAAACCCUUCAUCUAA